AUGGCCGACGUAAUUUUCAUCGGACUUAGUCUUUCGUCCAUUCUGCUGUUGGUCGCUCUCGGGCUCGCCAUCACCUACGGCACCAUGGGUGUCAUCAAUAUGGCGCAUGGCGAGCUCGUCAUGAUCGGCGCCUACGUCACCGUUCUCUGCCAAACCCAUUUCGGCCUGCAUUUUCUCCUGUGCAUCCCGGUCGCCUUCGUCGUUACCGGUGCAUUCGGCUACGCCAUCGAGCGCUUUGUGGUGCGAAGACUGUACGGCCGCCUGUUGGAUACGUUGCUCGCGACAUGGGCGCUUGCGAUCAUCAUCCAGCAGGCCAUUCGCCUCGAAUUCGGCGCCGCGUUCGCGGGAUUGCAUAUCGAUGGUCUGGGGCCGGGUCUGCAGAAUGUCCCGGUCCCCUCGUUCUUCCGGGAAACAUUUCUGGUCGGCGACUUCGUGGUCCAGCCCUACCGGAGCUUCAUCAUCGUCCUCACGAUCGGGCUGUUCAUUCUGACCUGGUGGCUGAUCUUCCAUACCUCUUUCGGCAUGCAGUUGCGCGCGGUGUCGCGCAAUCGGGGCAUCGCGUCCUGCUGCGGCAUCGACGACAAGAAGAUCAACGCGUGGACCUUCGCCUACGGCUCCGCGCUGGCCGGCGCGGCCGGCGUGAUGCUGGCCGGCUUCAAGACGGUCUCGCCCAGCAUGGGAACGCCGUUCGUGAUCGACGGCUUCCUGGUCGUGGUCAUGGGCGGCGUGGGCAGCCUCUUCGGCACGCUCGGCUCGGCCGUGAUCCUGGGCGAGGUCCAGGGCUGGGUCGCGAGCCUGCUGAAUGACGUCCUCGCGCGGGCAAUCGUGUUCGGUGUCAUCAUCGUGGUCAUCAUCCUGCGGCCCCAGGGCUUGUUCUCCCGUCGGGGGCGUUGA